GUUGUGGAGGAUAUCGUAGACAGUGGCAAAACGAUGUCGCAACUUCUGGAAACUCUCGAUGAAAUUGGCGUCAAGCAAAAAUGGACAGCGAUUUUGUUAUCAAAAAGAAUUACUAGAAAAUAUGAGGUGCAGGAAGACUUCGUUGCAUUCGAUAUCCCGGAUAAGUUUGUUGUGGGUUAUGGUUUGGAUUACAACCAGAAAUUUCGAGACCUUGGCCAUAUCUGCAUUAUGAGUGAAGCAGGUAUCGAAAGGCAUAAAAUUUGA